UUUUAACCUACAGUCUCUUCUCUGCAUAGUGAAACCACUUUUUCCAUGAUAUUAGAUUGGGAACUAGUGUAGGAGCGAAACAUCCUCCAAAUUUUGCCCAUUUGCUAAACCGCCUAUAUGUUAAUCGGAGCUGAACAAUUUUUUGGUUGCUGAUGAUAACAAGAAUCUUCUAAUACCUUUAUAAAUCAUUGAAAAAUAGUGUUUGUGCUAUGGCAAAUUUUAAAGCACGGUGCCAAAUGUUUAAAGAUUUGUUUGAAAAAGAUAUUAUUUCAAUAACUGAUUUACAAAUUCUGUGUUUUAAUGGUAUUCCAGACAGUUCAGGUUAUCGCUCUCUUUGCUGGAAGGUUUUAUUGAAUUAUUUAUCAACAAAAAAAUCAGAAUGGCCUGGAUUAUUGUUAAAACAGAGAAACUUGUAUGAUACAUUCAUUGAUGAAAUGAUUGUAACACCAGGAACUAUGAACAAGACUGGUUCUAGAGUUGAUGUAACUUUAGAAGAUCAUCCUUUAAACCCAAAUCCAGAUGGAAAAUGGAUGGCCUUCUUUAAAGACAACGAAGUUUUACUCCAAAUUAAUAAAGAUGUUAGGAGGUUAUGUCCAGAUAUAUCAUUUUUUCAACAACCCACUGAUUAUCCUUGCCAGGCUAUUGUUGGAAGAAAAGAUGUGGAAUCUUUAAGAGAUAGAGUUCAACAAACUGUACUCAGAUCUGCAAAUGUUACUAGAAAUCGCAUGGGUAUUACAAAUGUAUCUUUAUUCAAGAAAAGAGCUCAGGAAGAAUAUCAACAUUUACCCCAGGGACAGGAAGCUCAUUGGGAGGUGGUUGAAAGAAUUCUAUUCUUAUAUGCAAAGCUCAAUCCUGGUCAGAGUUAUGUCCAGGGUAUGAAUGAGAUAAUUGGACCAAUUUAUUACACAUUUGCAUCAGACCCAGAUCCUGAAUGGAGGAAAUAUGCUGAGGCUGAUGCAUUCUUUUGCUUCACAAAUCUUAUGUCUGAAAUUAGAGACUUUUUCAUAAAAUCUUUAGACCACUCAACCACUGGUAUAGGAGCCAUGAUGAAACGUCUGAUGGAUAUGCUUCAAGAGAAAGACUUCAACUUAUGGCAGAGAUUUCAGGCUCAAGAUUUAAAACCUCAGUUCUAUAGUUUUAGGUGGAUCACUCUGUUACUCUCACAAGAGUUUCCUUUACCAGAUGUCAUUAGAGUUUGGGACUCUCUAUUUGCUGAUAAGGAUAGAUUUGACUUUUUAAUAUAUGUUUGCUGUGCCAUGAUAUUAUGGCUCAGAGAUAAAUUAUUGCAUGGAGAUUUUCCAAACAACAUGAAAUUGCUGCAGAAUUUUCCAAAUACGGACAUACACUGUCUCUUAGAAAAAGCUGUUGAGUUAAGAAAGCGGUGACACUUGUGGAAAAUUUACUGAUCCUCAUUCCGGCCACCCUGUUGUACAAAAUAUGUUCUUUUGAAUAUUGUUAGCGGUUCAAAGAUUUAAUGAAUUAGAUUAGUAUUUAAACUGGGUUUAGCAAUCACGUUAAAUAGUAUUUUUUACAAAUUUGUUUAUUUAAAUUAUUUUUAAUAAUCUUUUUUAAAUUUUAUAUUUGUUCAAAGUUUUUUUUUUUUACUUCCUUGCUUUCUGAUAUUUUAUUUUUCAAAUUAUGCACUUUUAUUUAAUUUUUUUGUUAAGAAGUUGUAUUGUUUAUAAAUGUAUAAUUCCUAGGUAUUAUACAUUUUCUAAGUAUAUUGUUUAAUGGCUAUGUACUUUAAAACUAGCAAAUAUUUAAACAAUGCUUGAAGGUUUUGAAUAACUUUAUUAUGAAAAAAGAAUUCGCAUUUUUAUUAAGUUACUCAAAUGAUAAAGUGUAAUUUCAGUUGAAUACAUCUUGCAAUCAAAAUUGUUCUUAGUGCUUUUAUGUGUUAGAGAAUUAUACUUAAAAGAAUCAAUCUGGGACAAAAUGAUAUUUCUAGGUUAAUAAAAAAAUAUCGUUUUAUUUAUUUCUUUUUUUUCAUUAUCGUUCAAAGCAUUUUUAGUUACUUUCAUUGCUUUGAUUUUACAAUUCAUGAAGAAAUCGGAACUAAUUAAAUCACUUUUAUUUGCAUUUUGAAACUUAUUUGUGUAUUUUUCAAUAUUACUUAGGAUAAUCUAUUUCUAUUUCAUUUAACAAUUUAUGAAGAUGAAAACAAAACUUUAAUUUAGUCCUUAAUGCAUGUUUUAUUACAAUUUAUUUUUAUAAAAAUUGUUAUUUUUAUUGUAUCAAGCAAAUUAAAAAUAUAUUUUUUAAACAAUGUCAUUAAACAAUGUAAAUUGUAGUCAUGUGAAAAAAAUUUAUGUACUUUAAUGUCUUGAGGUUUUUAUGUGAAUUUUAAAGUAUUUUUUAAUUCAUAUAAAUAUGGUACUUGGUCAAAUUCACAUCUCUUUAUUUUAUUUAUUAACUAAUAAAAUAUUUUUUUAAUAAUUUGGAUCUUUUACUUGAUAGAAUUUAUAUAUCUUUAUUUUACAUACUUCUGUAAUCUUCUAAUGGACUCUUAAAGCUGUGUCAUACCUCUUUUAUAAUACUUAAUGCAAGCUGGAAAUGCUCUGAAAAAGUGGGCUGAUUGUUUUUGUUAUUAAUUUUUAACCAUGACAAUCUGUCUUUGUUUCUGUAACUUUUUGACUAUCUAUGUUUUUUAUAUAAUUAUUUCUUACUUUUUUUCUCCUAUACUGUGUUGUACUUGAUGUGCAUUGUAUAAUAAAAAAGUUUAGCCCUUCAUCACACACCUUUCAGAAAAAAAACGCUCUUUUCUUAAAAAUCUAUGUUGCAACUGUUUCAAAUUUUUUAUUUUAUUUACAAUUAAAAUUUGGAUUAGUUUUAAAUAUCACUCUAAACAAUUUAACAUAUAUAUGAUUUUUUGUUUCAUUCGCAAAGAUAAUUACCAUAUAACUAAAAAGUUUCUGUUAUACAUCUUUCAAAAAGUAUAAAAAAUACUUUAGUCUUUGUAAAGAGUUAUUGUGAGUUAUCAGGAAUCAGUCACCAAUGAAUUUUAGUAAAUUUAUGAGCUUUAUAAUUUAAACUGAGGUUUCUACGAUUAGCGUUGCUCUUGUAUUUAUAUUAAGACUUUUAUUUAUUUAUUUUUUUGUUAUAGUAUUAAAUUGAAACUUUGUUGCUAACAAUUCAUUCAUGGUUUCCAAUUAAUUUAACAUUUUUCAAAUACUGUAUUUUCUGAUCUGCUUAGACAUACGAUACAUCAAUCUCUUAGUUAAAAGUUUAAUAUUAUAAAUUAUGUAAAUUUAAAUUUGAUUCUUCUCAUUCGAUGAAAAAUAAUCAUUAAUUAAUAAUAAUGCUUGACAAAACAGUCUUUUUUUUGAAAAAAAAAAGAAACAAAUUUGUUUUUUAAAUCUUAUUUUCCUUGUUUUAUUAUUUUUAAUCUUUUUUUUACUGUCUUAUGCCUGUUAAUCUUAAGCAAGUUAAAGUGUUUCUCUUUUUUCAAUUCUUCAGUUUUUUCUUUUAGUUCUUUUAUGUACCAAUUCUAUUUUCUGAGCGAUGACUUCAAAGUCUGUGGGUGUUUGACAGAGGGUUAAAUAAAUUGUUAAGUGUGUUUUAAAAAACGUUUUUUUUCUUCUUCAAUGCAUGGGAUUUUUGUUUAUUACCUGCAUAUCGAAAGUAAUUUCUAAGUUAAGGAUUUUUAAAUCUGAUUAUGUUGUCUUUUUAAAGAUGCCUUAGUGUAUAUUGAAUGAAUUGAAAAUGUGCCUGUAAAAAUUGUUUUGUUGAUCAAUUUCAUGAAGAAAUAUGCAUAAUAGUAACAUUUCCUUGUGAAAAUGAAUGAAUAAAGAAUGUUUUUAUUUUGUA